AUGGGGCUCAGACUCCCAAAAGGAUCUGUAGUAAUAUCCCCCCUUUCAGUCUUGAUAUUGGUGAUUUAUCUCACUUAUUCAUUUUUUUUUAUGAUUAGUCUGGUCAGAGGUUUAUCGAUUGUAUUGGUCUUUUCAAAAAAUGAGACUUUGGUUUUAUUGAUUUUAUCUAAUGUUUGUUUGAUUUUUAUUUUAUUAAUUUCUUCUCUUUGUUAUUUUCUUCCUUCAACUAACUUUUGGUUGUUCUUUUUCUGCUUCUAA